AUGAUUGAUACUGGCUCCCAUCGAUCUUACAUCCUGGAGCAAGUUGCAGAGUCUCAGGCGGAGCCAUCUCGUACUAUGGUGCAUUCUCUAUUUGGAGGUUCCCAGACUCGCCCUCAAGAGCACAAGGGCUACAGAGUACACGUACGUAGUCUGGAUCACAAAUACGCCUGUAAUUUCCUUGCUUACGAACAGGGCAGCAUCUGUCAGGCUAUUCCCAGGAUCGCGGAAGGUCCUUGGCUGGACAAAUUGGAGAAACAGUCCACUCACCUGACUGACAUCGGACAAGGACACCAGCCCAUAUCACUCUUGAUAGGGGCUGACAUUGUGGGAAAACUCUACACGGGACAUCUGCAGGACCUCGACGAGGGCAUCAUUGCUGUGGAAACACGUUUAGGCUGGACCAUCUUGGGGAAAACUACACAAGCGACAACAAAAAGAACGGACACCGCGUUGUUGACGUUCUCGAUGUUCGCCCAAGAAGCGACUGUCAGCCGGCUCUGGGAUUUGGACGUGUUGGGCAUCACUGAUCCUGUUCAGAGAGUUUCCAAGGAAGCUCACCAACAACAAGUCUUGGAAAAAUUUCAUGACACGACGAGAGUGAACUCUGAAGGCCGCUACGAGGUCUUGCUUCCUUGGAAAGAAAAUUACCCAACGCUUCCAGACAAUCGUUUUCUAGCACAGAAAAGACUAGAGGCGACGUACGCGAAUCUAGAGAAAAGAAAUCUGGUGAAAGAAUACGAGGACGUGUUUCAGGGAUGGCUACAGGAAGGCAUCAUCGAAAGAGUUCCACAAGCUGAGGUCGAAAACAAGGGUCACUAUCUGCCUCGCAGGUCUGUCAUAAAAGAGAACAGCACGACCAGAAUCCGACCUGUCUUUGACGCUUCGGCGAGAACUAAGUCCGAUCCGUCGCUUAAUGAAUGCUUAGAGACAGGGCCCAACUUGAUUGAGCUAAUCCCCUCACUUCUCUUGCGGUUCCGAGAACAGAGAAUUGGGGUCAUCUCAGACAUCCAAAAGGCCUUUUUGCAGAUCAGCGUGAAUCCAGAGGACAGGGACACUCUAAGAUUCCUGUGGAAGCCGACUUCAAACCCACAACAGACCCAUACUUACCGUCAUCGAAGAGUCGUGUUUGGAGUCUCCAGUAGUCCUUUCUUACUGGGGGCAACGAUUGAUCUUCACCUAAACCAGGCGAUAGAGAAAAGCACUACCGAGCAUCGGACUACAGUUCUCCAAAAGCUGAGAAAGUCGUUUUAUGUGGACAACUGUGUCACAAGUGUACAUUCUCUGGAGGAAUUUCUCGAGUUUAAGAACAUGGCUAUCAAGACACUGCAAGCUGGAGGUUUCAAUCUCAGAGGUUGGGAAUGUACACAUUCAGAAGAAGCGGUCAGGGAGAGCUCUGUCCUGGGUCUCACGUGGAAUCGCCACGAGGAUACGUUGGCAUUGGCUAAACCAGUGGACCAGGUGAAGAAACCUGCUGCGGUCACCAAGAGGGAGAUUCUCUCUGCCACUCAGAGCCUUUUCGAUCCAUUAGGCAUGGUCUGUCCUGUCCUCAUUUGCCCCAAGGUGCUGAUCCAGAAACUCUGGUCCAAAGAUCUAGACUGGGACUCUAGUGUCGACCAAGAGACGAGAAGCGUGUUUAACCACUGGCUCGACGAACUCUCCUGGCUCGGGGAAUUAAAAAUUCCACGUUGGUCUUUUGGAGGAGGUCCUAGUGUGGCUUCUGUCUCUUUGCACGCCUUUGUCGAUGCCAGUCAGGAAGCCUACGCUUCGGUUAUUUUCGCAAGAGUUGAAGUAGAAGACAACGUGGAGUGUCACUUCAUUAUGGCGAAGUCCAGAGUGGCACCCAAAGUCAAGCCGACUAUUCCUCGCUUGGAGUUGUUAGCGGCAACGGUGGGAGCUCGACUGAUGGAAUCGGUGGUCACCGCGUUGGGUUACGAAGGGCUUGAGCAGCACUUCUGGACUGAUUCAUCGACGUGCUGGCCUGGAUUCAGAGGGAGAGAGAGUGGGGUGUCUUUGUAUGGAAUCGUGUCCAAGAAAUCCGGCGAUUAUUGA